AAAAUCUCCGAUCCUCAUCACAGCCCAAGAACCUGGUUAGUCAAAGUUGAAGAGUCACCUUCCGGAACCGUCAAGCUCUUGGAUCCCUUCUCCACAUCGCAAGUUAAGAGCAUUUCCGGUAAGUUACCCGAGUCUCUUAACAUAUCGGAUCAUCGCGUUAAGGAAUUAAGUAAAGGGUACAGACUUGAAUUUGCUAAAGACCAACGAAGGGAGCUCAGCAGAUCGGAGCGAAGCUACACCGGCAAAGUAGUAGUUUCUACUGAUGAAGAUGGUGAUGAUGAAUUCGCAAUCAUGGUGUCAAUUCAGGGGAAAGUUAUUGUUUGGAAAAGAAGAGAUAAAAAAUGGGUUGAUAUCGAUAUCGAUUAUGAUCGUUUCCAUUUCAUUUACGAUAUAAUCUAUCAUAAAAGAAGAUUCUAUGUUUUGAGCUACAAAGAUCGUACUCUAUGUGUGGAUCCGAAGUCUUUGAACGUUUCCGAACCCGUGGCUCCAUUGCGGAUUUCGCUAAGCAUGUCAGCCUCCUCCUUCCACUUGGUAAAGUCAUCUCCGGAUUUGUUUUUGAUCCGGAAGAACUAUUUAGACUUCCCUGGAAAUUACGACAGUCACUUUUGGGGUAAAUCCGGCGACAGAAGUUGCCGGCUUGGUUUGAAUAUUUUUAAGCUUGAUGAGGAGAAGGAUGAGUGGACUGCGGUGAAGGAUGGAUUCCAGGAUAGAGCCUUGUUCAUGUUGAAGGAGUGUAACUUUUUUCUUUCAGCUCAAGAGUUCUCCGGAUGUAAUUGGAAUCGUGUUUAUUUACCUGAUAGAGGUCAUCCAAAUGUUGAUUGUGAUUAUCCUGGAAGUAAUGCUGUGAUUUUUAACCUGGAAAAUCGGUGUACUGAUAAACUCUCAGCUUUACCUGGCUGUUCCGAAAUUUUCUGGCCUCCACCAACUUGGAUCUGCUCUAAUGGUUAGCUGCUUGAAGAGCCUUGUUUGCAGAUGCUUAUUGGAGAUGCCAACGAUGUCAAGAAGCAUUCAAUUCCUUUCAAAGAAAGUUGUCAGUAAUCUGACUUGGUUAUAGAUUUGUGAGUAAUAUAAUAUUCUUUACAACAACUAGAAUAUUCAUAAUCAGCCUUGUUUAUUAUAAUUUGUUUGUUAGUUUAAAGAAAUUUGACUAGUGUUAUGUCUUGUACAACAUAUUUGUAGGCUUUGUGAGAUCCUAAUAAUUAGGAGUGAGCGGUUUCGGGUGUCCUGUAUUUUUUGACGGAACCGAAACCAGAAUCGCACAAUACAGGUUCUCAAAAAAAGAAACCGGAACCGCACAGUGCAGGUUCUUCAAUUCAAGGAACCGGAACCUAAAAUGCAGGUUUUGGUUCUU